UGUCAAGCAUAGAUCCUGCAUCAACGCAAGUGCAUGUUAUUUGAGCCACUUGUGUUGUAACUAUGUUGUUAAGAAGAGCUGCCACAAGUUUAAUAUUUAUUAGACUAGCUACAGUCUGGUGUCAUGUAGAGUUAGAAUCUGAAGACUAUUUUUUCCCUUUGGAGGCGACGCUGAACUACUGUAAGUUGGCAGACGAGUGUCACCACGACCGCGUGCCGGUGUGCGGGCAGGACGCUAGUGGCAACUUCAGGGCCUUCAGAGACGACUGCGACCUCUACGAGUACUGCUGCGAUGAAAAGAAACAAUAUCGUCACGUGGAAAUAGACAUCUGUGCCGGUGAUCCAGCGCUCUCAGGGUAGAACAACGAUUAACGAUUUUAUUGUAAUUUAUAUGAAUAAAACAAUUUGUCCACUUUUUGUAUAUACAGACUAAAAAACAGUCAUGAACUGGAUUGUUAUUAGGUUUUUUUAUAUCCAUGCUAUAAAACUACCUGUAGGUAAGGGAAAAAUUGUAUUUCGGUGCAAUGGAUGAAGUUGAAGGCGUUUCCUGCAGUUAACGAGAGCACCGCGGGGACGGAGCGAAGCUCGUUAGAAAAUGCGCGCUCAAAGAAAAAUACCACUCCUUGAAUUAAUAGUACUAAUAAGUGGAAAUUUUCAAAACAUUAUUUCAAUAAAUUCAAUUGUUUGUCAUAAAUUUUUGUGCAACAUAUUCAUGCCUAA